UGUAAUUCCAUACGAAAGAAGUUAAUGAAGUUAUGCUUCAUUAAACCGACGUCGCUGCAACUACUAAUCACUAGAAGCAAUUUGGUUAAAAUGCUUAAGUGUCUGAGAUACUCUGUUGCAGCACUACUUACGAACUGGUGGUCUUAUCAGUGCGGGGUUUUUUGUGAGAGGUAGAUUAUUGAUUCCGUUCUGGCUGGCCCGUAGUGUUCUCGCGGAGGGAGCUCUUUAUUUUCUCUUUCUCGCUCUUGAUUGUGCUCUUAAUUGACCCGCGGCGUAGUAACAGCUGACGAUUCGCGGGCAAUCGAGGGCACAUCUGUGGCAGGCUGAACACACCUACCAGUUUGUGCCUAGUUUCCGUUCACUGUGCAGGUUAUUUCAUCUGCUAAAACCGACCUUAGUCAAUUAUUUAUAUUUACAAUUGCACUGCCAAGAUGCCUACGACCAAGUUCUUUCAAUCAACGAGAAAAAUCAUCGGCGCCGGAGUGAACUACAAAGAAAUAUUACGCCUCACAAACGCCCCAAAACCGGAUGCUCCCGUCAUCUUCUUCAAGCCUAUCUCAUCCCUGCUGGACGUUCCCACCGGUUCCCCGGCUGCGUCUUCCCCCGUACCGACCAUCCGCAUACCGCCCGUCUUUGGUGGCGUGAUCAACUUUGAGGCCGAGCUGGGCGUUGUCAUUGGACGGCGCUGUUCGAAUGUGUCCACCGAGCAGGCGAUGUCGUACGUCGGUGGUUAUUGUCUCGCGCUCGAUAUGACCGGUAUGGACUUUAUCCUCGAUGCACGACCCAAAGGAUUGCCCUGGUGUCUCGGCAAGGGUUUCGACACGUCCACCCCGGUGAGUGGGUUGAUAACGCGUGCCGAACUUCCGGCCCCGGACGAUGUGCGCGUAUGGUGCGAUGUAAACGGAGUGCGCAAACAGGACGACAGUACGCGCAAUCUGAUCUUCCCGAUUGCGGAGCUGAUCGCGUACGUGUCGCGUUACAUGACGCUGGAGGAAAAUGAUCUGCUCCUAACCGGAACACCGGCCGGUGCAGGACCGGUACGCCACGGGGACGUAAUCGAGUGUGGGCUGGGUGAUGGGCUGGUGACGAUGCGUUGUGCCGUAGCGGACGAGUAGCAGAACGUAGCCUUCGAGUACUUUGAGGUAUGGAUUAGUUUGGUUUAAAAGAACAAAAAC